GUUGUUUACGGGCCGAGCAGCCCUCGCUCCCGCCGCCCGCUCGCCACCCGCCUGCCCAGGUGCCCGCCCGCCUGUCCGCGCGUCCGUUUGUCCGCGCGUCCGUUUGUUCGCGCGUCCGAAGAUCUGAGCCCCCGAGCGCUCGGGGCCGAGAGCCGGGAGGCAGGGGCGCAGCGCGGGGCUCGGGGCCCUGAAAUCGCGGGACGGGGCCCGGGCCGCGGUGGCCCGGAGUCGGGGCCGCCUCCACCGGGCCGCACUGCCGGAUUUGCAGCGGCAGAGGCCGCGCACCCCUCCUGGGGCUGUUUCAAGGACCCUCCCGGGCGGAGGCUGCGGCCCCUGGGCCGCCCGCGUGGAAGAGAAGGACGCGCGGCCCCCAGCGCCUCUCGGGCGGCUGCUUUGGAGCAUGCACCCCUCGGGCCGGCGCCGCGCGCUCUGAUCCAUCCGGACCCCGCGCUCCCGUAGCCAUGGGCGCCGGGGGCGGGCGGGGGGCGGCGGCCGUGCCGCUGCUGGUGGCCGUUGCCGCGCUGCUGCUGGGCGCCGCGGGCCACCUGUACCCUGGAGAGGUGUGCCCCGGCAUGGAUAUCCGGAAUAACCUCACCCGGCUGCACGAGCUGGCCAACUGCUCGGUCAUCGAAGGACAUUUGCAGAUCCUAUUGAUGUUCAAAACGAGACCUGAGGACUUCCGAGACCUCAGUUUCCCCAAGCUCAUCAUGAUCACUGAUUACUUGCUGCUCUUCCGGGUCUACGGGCUGGAGAGCCUGAAGGACCUGUUCCCCAACCUCACGGUCAUCCGGGGCUCCCGCCUCUUCUUUAACUACGCGCUGGUCAUCUUCGAGAUGGUUCACCUGAAGGAGCUUGGCCUCUACAACUUGAUGAACAUCACCCGGGGCUCCGUCCGCAUCGAGAAGAACAAUGAACUCUGCUACCUGGCCACUAUCGACUGGUCUCGCAUCCUGGAUUCCGUGGAGGAUAAUUACAUCGUGCUGAACAAAGACGACAAUGAGGAGUGUGGGGACAUUUGUCCAGGCACCGCGAAGGGCAAGACCAACUGCCCUGCCACCGUCAUCAACGGGCAAUUUGUGGAGCGGUGUUGGACGCACAGCCACUGCCAGAAAGUGUGUCCGACCAUCUGUAAGUCUCACGGCUGCACCGCUGAGGGUCUCUGUUGCCACAGUGAGUGCUUGGGCAACUGCUCUGAGCCUGACGACCCCACCAAGUGUGUGGCCUGUCGAAACUUCUACCUGGAUGGCAGGUGCGUGGAGACCUGCCCGCCCCCCUACUACCACUUCCAAGACUGGCGCUGUGUGAACUUCAGCUUCUGCCAGGAUUUGCACAACAAAUGCAAGAACUCUCGGAGGCAGGGCUGCCACCAGUAUGUCAUUCACAAUAACAAGUGCAUCCCUGAGUGCCCCUCCGGGUACACAAUGAAUUCCAGCAACUUGAUGUGCACUCCAUGCCUGGGCCCCUGUCCCAAGGUGUGCCACCUCCUGGAAGGCGAGAAGACCAUUGACUCAGUGACAUCUGCCCAGGAGCUCCGAGGCUGCACCAUCAUCAACGGAAGCUUAAUCAUCAACAUUCGAGGGGGCAACAACCUGGCAGCUGAGCUAGAGGCCAACCUUGGACUCAUUGAAGAAAUUUCAGGGUAUCUGAAAAUCCGCCGAUCAUAUGCCCUCGUGUCACUUUCCUUCUUCCGGAAGUUACGUCUGAUUCGAGGGGAGACCUUGGAAAUCGGGAACUACUCUUUCUAUGCCUUGGACAACCAGAACCUAAGGCAGCUGUGGGACUGGAGCAAACACAACCUCACCAUCACUCAGGGGAAACUCUUCUUCCACUAUAAUCCCAAACUCUGCUUGUCAGAAAUUCACAAGAUGGAGGAAGUUUCCGGAACCAAGGGGCGCCAGGAGAGAAACGACAUUGCCCUGAAGACCAAUGGGGACCAGGCGUCCUGCGAAAAUGAAUUACUUAAAUUUUCUUACAUUCGGACAUCUUAUGACAAGAUCUUGCUGAAAUGGGAGCCAUAUUGGCCCCCCGACUUCCGAGACCUCCUGGGAUUCAUGCUCUUCUACAAAGAGGCCCCUUAUCAGAACGUGACGGAGUUUGAUGGGCAGGACGCAUGUGGCUCCAACAGCUGGACCGUGGUGGAUAUUGACCCGCCUAUGAGGUCCAACGACCCCAAGUCACAGAACCACCCCGGGUGGCUAAUGCGUGGUCUCAAGCCCUGGACCCAGUAUGCCAUCUUUGUCAAGACCUUGGUCACCUUUUCUGAUGAACGCCGCACAUACGGGGCCAAGAGCGACAUCAUCUAUGUCCAGACAGAUGCCACUAAUCCUUCUGUCCCCCUGGAUCCCAUCUCGGUGUCUAAUUCUUCGUCCCAGAUUAUUCUGAAGUGGAAGCCUCCCUCUGACCCCAAUGGCAACAUCACACACUACUUGGUAUUCUGGGAGAGACAGGAGGAAGAUGGUGAACUGUAUGAAUUAGAUUAUUGCCUCAAAGGGUUGAAGCUGCCCUCCCGGACCUGGUCUCCACCGUUCGAGUCUGAGGGGUCCCAGAAGCACAAUCAGAGUGAGUACGAAGACUCUGCCGGUGAAUGCUGUUCCUGCCCGAAGACCGACUCUCAGAUCCUCAAGGAGCUGGAGGAGUCCUCGUUCCGGAAAACGUUCGAAGAUUACCUGCACAACGUGGUUUUCAUCCCCAGAAAAUCCUCUUCAGGCCCUGUUGCCGAGGACACUAGGCCGUCGAGGAAACGCAGGGCCCUUGGUGAUGUGGGGAAUGUGACAGCGGCCGUGCCCACCAUUCCGGGAUUCCCCAAUACGUCCUCAACCAGCGCACCUACGAGCUCAGAGGAGCACAGACCGUUCGAGAAAGUGGUGAACAAGGAGUCUCUGGUCAUCUCUGGCCUGCGUCACUUUACUGGCUAUCGCAUUGAGCUGCAGGCUUGCAACCAAGAUUCCCCCGAGGAGAGGUGCAGUGUGGCUGCAUAUGUCAGUGCCAGGACCAUGCCCGAAGCCAAGGCAGAUGAUAUUGUUGGCCCCGUGACCCACGAAAUCUUCGAGAACAACGUCGUUCACUUGAUGUGGCAGGAGCCCAAGGAACCCAACGGUCUGAUCGUGCUGUACGAAGUGAGUUAUCGACGAUACGGCGAAGAGGAGCUGCACCUCUGCGUCUCCCGCAAGCAUUUUGCUCUGGAGCGGGGCUGCAGGCUGCGUGGUCUGCCACCCGGGAAUUACAGUGUGCGAGUUCGGGCCACCUCCCUGGCGGGCAAUGGCUCCUGGACGGAAGCCACCUAUUUCUACGUCACAGACUAUUUAGACGUGCCAUCAAAUAUUGCAAAAAUUAUCAUCGGCCCCCUCAUCUUUGUCUUUCUCUUCAGUGUUGUGAUCGGAAGUAUUUAUCUAUUCCUGAGAAAGAGGCAGCCGGAUGGGCCACUGGGACCACUGUAUGCUUCUUCAAACCCCGAGUACCUCAGUGCCAGCGAUGUGUUUCCCUGCUCUGUGUACGUGCCGGAUGAGUGGGAGGUGCCUCGAGAGAAGAUCACGCUCCUGCGAGAACUGGGGCAGGGCUCCUUCGGCAUGGUGUACGAGGGCAACGCCAGGGACAUUGUCAAGGGCGAGGCGGAGACCCGAGUGGCGGUGAAGACGGUCAACGAGUCCGCCAGCCUGCGAGAGCGGAUCGAAUUUCUCAACGAGGCCUCGGUCAUGAAGGGCUUCACCUGCCACCACGUGGUCCGCCUCCUGGGGGUGGUAUCCAAAGGCCAGCCGACGCUGGUGGUGAUGGAGUUGAUGGCUCACGGGGACUUGAAGAGCUACCUCCGUUCCCUGCGGCCUGAGGCCGAGAAUAACCCCGGCCGCCCUCCCCCUACCCUGCAAGAGAUGAUUCAGAUGGCUGCGGAGAUCGCCGACGGGAUGGCAUACCUGAACGCCAAGAAGUUUGUACACCGGGACCUCGCAGCUCGAAACUGUAUGGUCGCCCACGAUUUUACCGUCAAAAUUGGAGACUUUGGAAUGACCAGAGACAUCUACGAAACGGAUUACUACCGGAAAGGGGGAAAGGGUCUGCUCCCCGUGCGGUGGAUGGCACCCGAAUCCCUGAAGGACGGGGUCUUUACCACUUCUUCGGACAUGUGGUCCUUUGGCGUGGUCCUUUGGGAAAUUACCAGCUUGGCGGAACAGCCUUACCAAGGCCUAUCAAACGAGCAGGUGUUAAAAUUUGUCAUGGAUGGAGGGUAUCUGGAUCAACCCGACAACUGUCCAGAGAGAGUCACCGACCUGAUGCGCAUGUGCUGGCAGUUCAACCCCAAGAUGCGGCCGACCUUCCUGGAGAUUGUCGACCUGCUCAAGGACGAGCUGCACCCCAGUUUCCCCGAAGUUUCCUUCUUCCACAGCGAGGAGAACAAGGUGCCCGAGAGCGAGGAGCUGGAGAUGGAAUUUGAGGACAUGGAGAGUGUCCCCCUGGACCGGUCGUCACAUGCGCAGAGGGAGGAGGCCGGGGGCCGGGAUGGAGGGUCCGCGCUGGGGCUAAAGAGAAACUAUGAGGAGCACAUCCCCUACACCCACAUGAACGGGGGCAAGAAAAACGGACGCAUUCUGACUCUGCCCCGGUCUAAUCCUUCCUAACGGCCCCUGCUCGGGGGAAUGGUUCCUGUGUUCACUUUCCUCUGGUUUGAAGGCCUUCAGAAAACUCAGGAUUUUCACACGACUCAGCCGCAGUGUCAAACGGAGCUCAGAGAUCAUACCUAUCAUCCAUUUCUGUUCCUCUUCUGACUUAAAACACAUUGGUGUGAUUGCCAAUUUGACUAGUCAUCUGAGAACUUAACUGUGAACCCAGAUGGGAAAGGGGUUCCCACGGCUGCUGUCCUUUUGGACCACCGAGGUUUUAAGCCCGGAUGUUACCUUUUUUUUUUUUUCCUAGCAGAUUGAAAGAAAGCACCUGUUUUUACAAUGUUUUUUUUUUUUUUUUUUUUUGCUGGUGUCUGAGCUACAGUGUAAAACAUAAAUCUUGUUUGUGGAACAAAAGUUAGAAAGAAAGAAAAAAAAAAAAAACAAACAAAAAACAAACCCCAAAACCCUGUCCUAGUAGAAUUCCAAACUUUGCAGAGUGGGCUUCAGGAAAGUUUUUUUCAUCCAGAAGGAUUUUUUUUUUUUUUUCCUUCACAAAAUCAGUUCCUCAAAUUGACCAAUAGCUGCUGCUUUUGUACUUUGGAUAUAGUUUUGCAGUCCUGGGGUGUGGCUCACGUGUGUACUCGUGCGUGUGCGUGCGUGUGUGUGUGUGCAAAUCAUGCGUGCUGAGUGGCCGCUUUGGGGGUCAGCCCAUGAAGGUUCUGCUCUUCUGGAGUGUGUGAGCCCCUGAUCUGCUCCCCCCCGCUCCCUUCCUUCUUAUCUACUGGGAGACUGUGCCCUCAAGAUUCUCCUUCAGUCCCAAGUUUAGCCUCAGGAGUCUUCUCUCCCUUAACUUUGGUGAAAAAUGUUUUCCAGGAGACAUGGGAGUCGUUUGGAGUGAUAAUGGAUCUUUUCAAGACCAAACAAAGCCAGGACAUUAAAAAAAAAAAAAAAAAAAAAAAAAGAAGAAGAACUGAGAUGAUGAAGAGUUUUGAGAAUAUAUUUGUAACAUAUUUAAUUUAAAAAAAAAAAUCUCCAGCAUCAGCCUCAUAAGUUAUUGACCAUUUCCCGGGGGGGCGGGUAGGGCAUGGGGCUUUGUCUGCCUGUGUGGGGAGGCGGAGCCAGGCACCAGUGGCCUCUUUCCUUGGUCUUCAAGGCAUCCAUUUUUCUGGGACUAAAGCCACGUUAGCUGCUAAGCCUUCUGGACGUCGUGAUCAGGCCACGCUGAGCAUGUGGGUGAUGGUGUUUGAUGGAUGGAAGCUGAGCCCUGCCUUCGAACACACUUGUGGCUCUUGCAUCUUCUGGUUCCCUGUAUGUAUGUACCUCUCGAGCUUCCUCAGCUGUGUGUGCACGUCCUACGGGGAUCGUGCAAACACAGCACCGUCAGAUCCCAAAGUGGGACAGCACAGGGGGACUUGGAGAACACUAGCGAUCUGAAGACGUGCCUGUUGGUCCCCUCCGCCCUCAGGGCAUCCGACUGUCCUCAGAGCUGACUUCCCAGAAGCUGCUUUGCGCCCAGUGACCUCAGCUGGGCCAGGUGUGGGGCCUGAGCUGAAUUCUCAGGUACUUACCGAUCUUGCAGUCCCUAAGAGAGUACAGUCUGGAGGAGAAACCGCUAAGGACCUUCACACUACCAAGAACUUGCGAAGGAACGUGAUGCCACAGUUGCUUCCCUUUGGGGAAAGAACUACAGCUGCUCAAAUAAAGACCACGGUGAACUCAUCACUUUGGUUCAUCCAGAUCAUCACCCAUGGGUUAUCCAUUGAGUGCAUUUUCUCACAAGUUUUUGAUUGCUUCCUUCUUUUCUUCUCUUAAGAGUUGUGGGCUUAAGAACAGGAUAGAGAUGCCAUGGUGACCUCCGAACCUUCUCAAUUCUUGAUGAAGAACACAGGUAGACACACAUCCUAGUUGCCUCUGGCUAUCUUAUUUAUAUGAUUUGAGGAAUGACAGCAUGUCAGACUAUUUCUGGGGAGCCUCAGUGAUUGGGUACAAGGAGCACAGAAAUUAUUUUCGCCAAAUUUAUUUUGUACAUAAAAGAGGGUCUGUACGUAAAUUAAAAAGAAGACAAAACACGUAGAUCUAGGUAUUUUGUUCUUUUCGUAGUAAAUUUGUAGUGGCCAUAUAGUACACUAGCAGCAAUUUUCACAUUUUUCUAAUUCAGAAAGGUUUUCUUAUAUUAGGGGAAAAUUAUUUAUUUUAAUAUAUAAAAAUCACUGUAAAAAAUCACUUUCGUAAGAAAUGGAGUGCAUGUAAAUUUUUUUUUUUCAAAGAAAAAUAAACAGGUGAACGUGGGGUAAUGAUUUUUUUUUUCCCAGCACAAUCUACCUCAGUGUAUUGUUAGGAUGUGAUUCAAUAAUGGACAUCUUUGAGACUUCAGAAUUCUGCCUGGAUCCGAUCUGAAUCAGGGAAAAUUUGUAUCAGCUGAUUCUGAACGCCAGGGACCAGUAAGAAUUUUGAGGGAGGGAGUUGGGCUGAAGUAUGGCUUUCAUGUGAGCAUAGAUCCUUUUUCUGGCUGAUAAUAUUCUCCUCUGAAUUUAAUCUUCCUUUUUUUUUUUUUUGAUGUUCCAUCCAUUGAUACCGUGGCCCUU